AUGGAUCAAGAACGUGUGUUUUCGUAUUUGAUUGAUUCCGAUUUACCUAAUGGACUUGAACAAAGAAAUGUUAUUAUUCAAAGAGAUCGUUAUGGAUAUGGUCUAACAGUUUCAGGCGAUAAUCCUGUUUUUGUAUUAAGUGUACGAGAAGGUGGUGCUGCUCAUCGAGCUGGAAUUAAUACGAAUGAUCAAAUAAUAAAGGUAAAAUGA